AUGAAUAUGGAUCAAAACUAUGUGGGAAGUCCAACUGAUUACUAUAAUUCCUUAUCAGCGGCUGUUGAAUUUUCUCGAAAUGGCACCAAUGUUUCGCCAUAUUUUUAUUCACAAUUCCCAACUUCUACCGCAUAUUCACAACAACAAAAUGGACAAUCAGCUGCAAGUGCUGCAGUUGCGUCAGCUGGAGCUUUUAUGUAUCCACAAGGAACUGCGAGCAGCCCUGAAGGUUUGUUGAAAUUUCCAAGUUUUUGUCAGAAUACCAUGGUAACACUUCUUAGAACUUCUUAAUUAUAUGGUUCUUAUAUCGAUCUAGAUUUUUGUAACCGCUUUCUUGAACUUUUUUUUGAGUUAGGAGAACUUGAGGCUUUGAAUGUUUCUAGGAACAUCAAAAUUUCGUAGAAUAGGGGAAAAAAAGUUUUCCGGAUUUUCGCAUCGGCUUUUGAAUUCUUCUAAAGUUUCUGAACAAGAUUAAUUUUUAUCGAAAAUUUUUAAAGAAAUCAAAAUUUUUGAAUAUCUGAGAAUAUUUUGCCAAUUGAAAAUUGAUUCUAACUAGCAAGAAAACUGUUUUCUGAAAUCAACUUUUGACAAAACGUAAGGAGUUGACUAUGCUGAAAACGUCCCGAGCUCUUUUUUCAAACAUUUGAGGCCUCCCAGGAAAUCCUUCGGAAAUGUUUUCAGCGUGAUCAAGUAAAAUUUCAGAACCCCUUAUGAGAUUCUAAAAAAUCCAAUUUUUCAGAAAUGACAACAACAAAAAUCGUCGAAGGAACCGAAUCGAAAUUCAACACAAAAGGAAAGAAAAUGAGAAAACCAAGAACUAUUUAUAAUUCACAGCAACUCCAAAUGCUACAGAAAAAGUGAGUCAUUUCUCUCAUUCAGACACUUUUGCCCAUUACUCAUCAGUUUUUCUGAUAAUUAUCGACACUUUUAAAUGUCAAGACAUAGUUUUUUUUGUCUUGUCAACAUCAAACAUUGCCUAACACAAAUAUAAUACAAUUUUUCUUGCAGAUUUCAAAAAACACAAUAUUUGGCACUUCCCGAUCGAGCAUCUUUGGCCGCUGAACUUGGAUUAACUCAGACACAGGUAAGAAACCACGGGUAUAAAAAAUAACACCGGAACAGGUGUAGAUUGUUAUCUCAUCUCAUCAAUCACUCAUAUAACCCCACCGAUCUUUAUCUAUAUAACUCACUAAAAUGUGUUAAGGGGGUUGUCCUGGUAUAGAGAGAGAUGGAGAGAGUUAGCUUAAAUCUGCUGAAACUUUUCAUCUACAAAAAUAGUACGGAUUUCCUUUUUCACGUAGAAUUUUAACCAAGUUUAAAAAUUAUCAUAGAAUUCUAGAUGUUUUUGUGCCAGCUUAAUCGGAUUUAGAAAAAAAAGAGAGAAAUCUAAACCAGAUGGAGUCACCUAUUCUUUUUUUUUUUGAAACCUACAGUACCACACCUGUUAUACGACACCUUCCUUCCAAAAAAAGAAGGACAGAUACAUUGUAUAGGCACGGGGGUUACUGUAGAAAUGACCUCUAUAUCGGUAUGUAGCGGAAGAGGGGAGGAAGCGAAGCAAGGCUAAUUAUCCCCUCUCCUCUGUCUUUUCUCCUUCUUCUAUCGACUAUGUGUCCUCUAUAAAGAGAGAAAGAGUGACUGUUUUUGAGUGACUGUGUCAUUGGAAAAACAAACACAAAUACAUAUAUAAUAAUAGGGGGGAUCGUCAAUCUUUUCAAGGGUUUUUUACCAAUUGAUUCUUCAUUAAUCCAUAUGAAUGAAGUGUGCGGGAAAAUUCAUAGGAUUUUAAAUUGCAGGUGAAAAUUUGGUUCCAAAAUCGACGCUCAAAACAGAAGAAGCAGAAAAAUGGAAUUCCAGUUUCUGACGAUGAAGGAGAAGAAGAAGAAUCACGACCGGAAUCCUCUCCAAUGUCAGAAUCUUCACCAAUGGGAACAAUGGGUGUGAAUGGUGUGCCAGAUGCAUUAUCAGCGCAUUCACCACAAACCGCAACAAUGCCAACAAUUCCACAAGAUUGGAGUGCAGCGCAACAACUUUUACCUGCCGGUUCACUUCCUUCGAUGCCAACACAAACUACACCGCUAGGAACAUAUGAUACAUUAAAAUAUCCGGAUGAAACUAAAUUAAUGAUGUAUCCAGAUAUGACAUAUAAUUAUUAUAGUUUCCAUCCAGGAACAUAUCAGUACUAA